GCACGCGCGUGUCUGUUUCCUCUCUCAGUGGUGUGGUGCACACGCGUUUCACUAGUUUUGACAAGGGAUUGCUUUUCUUUUGGAGGCGACAUCUCUUGUUUUCCAUCAGCGCGCGCUUAAUGCGGAUUAAAUCACUCUCCAAACAUCAAUCUCGUCUCGGAGCGGAUCAGCACCUUGGACAGCGGAUGCCAGAGAUGAUGACUUUUUCACUGGAGAAAGGUGAAAAUAGGCGCUCAAAGCCGGCAGAGCAGAAAGAGAGCUGUGACCACCCAUUCCGUCUUCACGACUGACAGUACGCUCAGCUCCGAUGGAGGAGUAAGAGACAGCGACAAGAGACCAGCACAGAAUCCAGCCAUGCUGUUUAUAUGGGUCAGCUGACACAGACAAGCAGGCCCAUGUCGGUAAGGUCAGGAAGUCGACACAAUCUGGCUCAGCAGUGGAUAAACAUACAGAUAUAUCACGGUCACGUCGAAUCAAAGAGAUAUUGACAUACGAAACUAGUGUGGAGGCCAUGUGAAGCUCGAAAUGCGGUAAAGAGCGGCCAUUGGACUGCGUGGAGCUUUGCUGAACGGGCUCCUCAGUCACCAGCAUCAAUGGACAACAGUUUGCACACCAUGAACUAACCUUGCAAUUUUUGAAGGAUACGAUUUGUUCGUUUUUUACUUUGAUAAACAGACAGCACCAUGGUUCUGCCACCACCUGACAAGCGGCAUGUGUGUUUAACCACCAUUGUGAUCAUGACCAGCAUGGCCUUCAUGGAUGCCUACCUUGUGGAGCAGAACCAGGGUCCACGCAAAAUUGGGGUCUGCAUUAUCGUCUUGGUUGGAGAUAUUUGCUUUCUUAUAGUCCUGCGAUACGUGGCAGUGUGGGUGGGUGCUGAGGUGAGGACUGCGAAGCGUGGCUACGCCAUGAUCCUUUGGUUCCUCUACAUAUUUGUUCUGGAGAUCAAGCUGUACUUUGUCUUCCAGAACUACAAAGCUGACCGUAAAAGUCUGGAGACAGUAGCUCGGAAGGCACUGACUUUGUUGCUAUCGGUUUGCGUACCUGGACUCUACCUCGUCCUGGUCGCGCUCGACAGUAUGGAGUAUGUAAGAACCUUCCGGAAGAAGGAGGACAUGCGGGGUCGACUCUUUUGGGUGGCACUUGACCUUCUGGAUGUCCUGGACAUCCAGGCAAACCUUUGGGAGCCACAAAGGACAGGGCUGCCCAUCUGGGCCGAGGGUCUGAUGUUCUUCUACUGCUACAUCCUGUUGCUUAUCCUGCCUUGCGUUUCUCUGAGCGAGAUCAGCGUGCAGGGUGAGCAUGUGUCGCCUCAGAAGAUGAUGCUCUACCCGGUCCUCAGCUUGGUGACCAUUAAUAUUGUCACCAUCCUCAUUAGAGGUGUCAACAUGGUGCUGUUCCAAGACAGCAGAGUCUCGACCAUCUUCAUAGGGAAAAACGUUGUUGCCAUUGCCACUAAGGCCUGCACCUUCUUGGAGUACCGGCGACAAGUUAAGGAGUUCCCCCCACAAGAUCCUGCUGGGAUUGCAAUGGAGAUACAGCAGAACUCUAUGCCACACAAUCAAACUCUACCAAAUGCCACGACCACCCUCCCAGAAGAGCCCUCACCAGCCCGUGAGGUCAUUGACACGUGACCAGAGCUGACAAAAACCUCAAGACUUUAGUGUUAAAGGGGAAAGAAGACAGCCUUAGUGAGUUCAGACCAGGACAUGAUGAAGUAUGAGUUCAGCCCUAAAAUGACUAUUUUGAAGAAUUUUUAAAGUUCUACUCAACUAAGCUGAGUGUUCAAAGGCCAUUGAUGCUCAGAUGCACAAAUGGUGACUCACAAAAUCCUGAUUUUAACCAGAUUUUGUAAUUUCAAGCAGCUGUUUUGUGAUGUUAGAUAUGGGAUGUUUUUUAAAGAGAUUUCUGUUAUGGUGGCUCACAUUGCUCUCCACAUGGAAUCCGCACAGAUUUCUGUAAAAUCUGAAUGCUCGUUGUUUUCAAAGUUUAAAGUUGCCUUGCCCCUUGUGUGUUAAUUUAUGAAAUAUUUUGGCUAGGUUGAAUAUGCUUUCAGCUAUAAAUGAGAGUCCAGUACUCUCAGAUCACCGUGUUGAAAUGCAUUUCAUACAAUUUUGAAGAUUCCCCCCCAAAAAAUAAGUGCAUAAAAUGUGAGGAAAUCCUGUCUAGGCUUGGUGAUGAGCGAAAAAUGAGAAAGAAGCAUACCAAGUUCAGUCCACUCCUCCUACUAUAAUCUGUAAACAGAUCUGAGGCAAGAACUGAACUUCAAGCGAACUUCAAAUUAUAUUUUGAAGAUUUAUGUAAUUUGAAGAUGAAAAUGCUUUUUUGCGUGUUAAGAAGUGAGCAUGUUUUAAAGUGAAACAACUCUCACAGGACUCUUUUCCUGGGGAUUAAAAUGGGAACUAGAAACUUUUAAUUUGCCAAAAUUAAUUUUCAGUCUUUAUGAGUUUUGUAUGUGUGUAUAGAGAGAACG